CCCUCCGGGAAGCGGGCAGGGCCGGACAUGCCGCCUCGCCGCGGCCUUCCCCAUGGGAACGCCGGGGGGGCCGAGCCGCCCGCAGGCCCCGCCGCCGGCGCCGCCCCGGCCGCCGCGGGAAGGGAGCUGGCGCCGGGCCUCGCCGGGCAUGCAGCGCCGCCGGGAGGAGGAGGAGGAGGAGGAAGGCGGCCCGGAGAGCGCGCUGGCCAAGAGCCCCUUCCAGCUGACGGCCGGGGAUGUCUACGACAUCUCCUCCGUGGUGGGCAGGGACCUGCUGCAGCUGGGCGGCGGCCGCGCCGUGCCCGCCGCCGUGGCGCGGCUGCAGUUCAGGAUCGUGCGGGUGCUGGAGAUGCUGGAGGCGCUGGUGAGCGGCGGCGGCGGCGCGGCCGAGGAGCGGCUGCGCGCCGAGCGGGACAGCCUGAGGCAGGAGGUGGAGGCGCUGCGGAACCCGGGGCCGCGGGGCAGCGGCCAGCAGCUCAGCCUUGGGCCAGACAAAAUGGUAAUAGACCUCACAGAUCCAAAUCGCCCCCGGUUCACAUUACAGGAGCUGCGAGAAGUACUGCAAGAGCGUAACCAGCUGAAAGCUCAACUUCUUGUGGUGCAAGAGGAGCUACAGUGCUAUAAGAGCGGGAUCAUCUCACAGAGAAGGGACCAAACUGAGAAACUGGAAACAGAAUCCAGUGGCAACAGCCCUGGCACCAGUAAGGACAGCAAAGACAAGACUAUCAUCAAACGACUGUUCUCUUUCAAACAUGGAAAAUGAACAUGAGUGAGAACUUAACCACUUCUGCUCAGAAAUGGCACUGUUUAAAGCGUCUAAAGGAGCUGAGAGAAGUCAAGCAUUGGAGGCAUCACUCUUACUACAGAGAAUAAGCAGUCUCAUGAAUAUUGUUUUUGUAUAUUUUUUCAGAAUAGAUUCUACUUUUCUUUUUCAGAAACUGUUUUAUGACGAUCAUACUUCUUCCAUUUGUUAGAUUCCUGCUAGACAUUCCUCCAUGGAGAGAAUAAAGAUUUAUACAAUUUUUUUUA